GCUCUGGCCUAUCUGAUGACCUACAAGUGUGCAGUGGUUGAUGUGCUAUUUGGGGGUGCCAAGGCUGGUGUUAAGAUCAAUCCCAAAAACUACACUGAUAAUGAAUUGGAAAAGAUCACAAGGAGGUUUACCAUGGAGCUGGCAAAAAAGGGCUUUAUUGGUCCUGGCAUUGAUGUGCCUGCCCCAGACAUGAGCCCAGGUGAGCGGGAGAUGUCCUGGAUUGCUGCCACCUACGCCAGCACCAUAGGGCACUAUGAUAUUAAUGCCCGUGCCUGUGUUACCGGUAAGCCCAUCAGUCAGGGUGGGAUCCAUGGGCGGAUCUCUGCAACUGGCCAGGGAGUCUUCCAUGGGAUUGAAAAUUUCAUCAAUGAAGUUUCUUACAUGAGUAUUUUAGGAAUGACACCAGGGUUUGGAGAUAAAACGUUUGUUGUUCAGGGAUUUGGUAACGUGGGCCUGCACUCUAUGAGAUACUUACAUCGUUUUGGUGCUAAAUGUGUUGGUGUUGGUGAAUCUGAUGCGAGCAUUGAUGGUAUUGACCCAACGGAACUGGAAGACUUCAAAUUGCAACAUGGAUCAAUCCUGGGCUUCCCCAGGGCAAAGCCCUAUGAAGGGAGCAUCUUGGAAGCUGAUUGUGACAUCCUGAUCCCUGCUGCCAGCGAGAAGCAGCUGACCAAGUCCAACGUGCACAGAGUCAAAGCCAAGAUCAUUGCUGAGGGUGCCAAUGGACCAACAACCCCAGAGGCCGAUAAGAUCUUCCUGGAGAGGAACAUCAUCAUGGUGAUUCCAGACCUCUACUUGAAUGCUGGAGGAGUGACAGCAUCUUACUUUGAGUGGCUGAAGAAUCUGAAUCAUGUCAGCUAUGGCCGUUUGACCUUCAAAUAUGAAAGGGAUUCUAACUACCGCUUGCUCAUGUCUGUUCAAGAGAGCUUGGAAAGGAAAUUUGGAAGGCAUGGUGGAACUAUUCCCGUUGUGCCCACAGCAGAAUUCCAAGACAGGAUAUCGGGCGCCUCCAAGAAGGGCAUCGUGCACUCUGGCCUAGCUUACACCAUGGAACUAGAAACGACCUGUGCCACAGAGCCAUUUGGGUAUUUUUUGCCUUUAAAUGGAAGGUCUCUUCCCUCUGGCUGUGCUGCCUUCCUCCGGCUGCUCCGGAAGGUGGGACCCCCAGGGCGGAUCCUGGGGCCAGGAAUGCACCUGUUGCCCAGCAGCAGCCAGUGGCUCACUGCCUUGGCUCUGGACGAGUCUGAGACCUGCGGUAGCUCUGAUGCCUCUGAGCAGCAGGUGUGGAGCAUUUUCAGGGGGUGGCAUGGUCUGCAAGUGACUUACUGGUAUUUUACAUCAGCAAAAUAA